UUCAGAACAGACCCCGUUUUUUCAGCGGUACGUAAAUAUUGCCUGCCGAUUUUAGAACGAGUUUGGCACAAAUAAUGUAAAGAGCAAGCAAAAGUAUUAAUAUCCUGUUUAUAACAAGUUUUGCAAUAAAAAUUGAUUCACGAAGCUGAAAGCUUCCAGAAUAAAUAUGGCUGAAACAUCUGCAGCCUCCGAUGUUAGGUCUGAGGGUGAAUUCGAAUUCAUCCAACCGGAAAAUCCAUUUGCAGGUAUGUGCAUUGAUGACACAACAUUCCUGCAGGAUGUUGAAGGUCGCAGUUCGUGCACCAGAUGUGGCAAAUCGAGGAAGUUUUUCUGUUACCACUGCUAUGUGCCGGUAGCGGAACUAGAACAGAAGCUGCCAUUCGUGAAGUUACCCAUCAAGAUUGACGUUAUCAAGCAUAAGAAUGAAAUUGACGGAAAAAGUACGGCAAUUCACGCUGCUAUAUUAGCUCCCGAGGAAGUCAAAGUAUAUACUUACCCCAACAUUCCGGACUAUCGUCUGGAAGAUGAUGUAGUGCUUAUCUUCCCUACACCAACAGCAGUAACCGUAGCUAGUCUAUUUAGUGGCUCUUGUCCGAAAGUGAAGGAUAACUAUGGGCUGCCCAAGGGUCAUCAUAUUGGUACCUUGCUCAAGUGUCGAUUGAACGAAAUUGUAGCGGAUCCCAAUGAGACGAAAGUUGAAGAUCGUUCUACUGGACAAAUGACCCAUCGCUAUCCGGUUCGUAAGGCUGUGUUCAUCGACAGCACCUGGAGCCAGUGUCGUGGCAUCUACAAGGACGAAAGGGUAGCUUGUUUGCAGACAGUGGUGAUUCAGAAUCGAAUUUCCCAAUUCUGGCGACACCAGAAGAACAGUCCCCGCUGGUUUUUGGCUACGGUUGAAGCCAUGCAUCAGUUUCUGAUCGAAUUGCACAUAACGGCUUUCGGACUUGAUUCUCGAUACCGUGGCCUAGAGCAUUUAGGUUAUCUGAACUUUCCCAGCGAAAAAGUGGUUGAUUCUGAACGCGGUUGUAAGGAGAAAGAAACGGGGCCUUACAACGGACAAUACGAUAAUAUAUUGUUCUUUUUCCUGCACAUGUACAACUUAAUACAUGAGUACUAUGAACAUCAUACGCUCCGGGCCUAUCGUAGGCCAUUGUUCCUUGAGGAUAAAUAUAGGAAACAGUUGUUGGAGGAAAAGCAGAAAGAAGAAGAACAACCGAAAAAUAGCAACGUACUGAGUUGAACUCAUAUUAGUGAUAUGCAAAUUUGUUAAUUUAUUUUGCAUUUUUUAAAUAAAUAAAUAAUUAUUAAUUCUG